GAAGCUUUUCUUCUGCCCAAUUCCGCUGCCGGCCGCUCGGUGCGGUUCUCGCUUGGCUGGCCGUCGCGAACCCGAGGAGGUCCGGGGGUUGCCCGGCCUUGCCCUCCUCCGCCCUGUCUGGCCGAGGUCCAGGGAGAAAGGAAGGCGGGCGCGCGUUGGCCCCGGAGGUGGCAGAGCUCGUUACGAGUCUCGAGAAAAGUCCCCUUGCCGCCUCCCAGAGCUGCCUCCUAAACGAAUCGUGGACUAGUCUGGGCUCCUUCAGCUUCCAGACUACAAAUUGUUUUACUGUCCACCUGAUGGAGAAUGUGACCAGUGCCCUACCUGCUGGAGCAGUAGCUGCUGUACUAAAGCCCAGCACAGAACUUCCUAAAGGGAGCUCAACUGUACAUGGCUAUGACUUUGACCAUGGAUUAGACUAUCAUGCCUUGCUCCAGUCUUAUCUCAACACCGGUUUCCAGGCUACUAGUUUUGGACAGGCUGUGAAUGAGAUCAAUCGAAUGAUAGAAGCAAAGUUGACACCAUUAGGUGAGGAUGAAGGAUAUCAUGCUGAUUUGAAUCCCUGUGCCCGUCGCCUGACUAGCUGCACAAUUUUCUUGGGCUUCACUUCCAACCUCAUCAGCUCAGGUGUGCGUGAGACCAUCCGUUAUCUGGUGCAACAUAACAUGGUUGAUGUUUUGGUGACCACAGCAGGUGGUGUGGAGGAAGAUCUGAUCAAAUGCUUGGCACCCACUUACAUCGGUGACUUUAGUUUGCAAGGGAAAGAAUUACGGCAAAAUGGAAUUAACAGGAUUGGGAAUCUCUUGGUGCCCAAUGACAAUUACUGCAAGUUUGAAGACUGGCUAAUGCCAAUCCUGGACCAGAUGGUGACUGAACAAGACUCAGAGGGUAUGAAAUGGACUCCGUCAAAGCUCAUUGCUCGGCUUGGCAAAGAAAUCAACAAUCCAGAAUCAGUCUGUUAUUGGGCACAAAAGAAUAACAUUCCUGUAUUGAGCCCAGCAAUAACAGAUGGAUCCCUCGGAGAUAUGAUUUUUUUCCAUUCCUAUAAGAAACCAGGUCUUGUGCUGGACAUCGUAGAAGACCUGAAACUCAUUAAUACCCAAGCCAUCUUUGCCAGGAAGACAGGAAUGAUCAUCUUGGGUGGAGGCCUUGUUAAGCACCACAUUGCCAAUGCAAAUCUGAUGAGAAAUGGAGCUGACUUCUCCGUAUAUGUCAACACCGCACAGGAGUUUGAUGGUUCAGAUUCAGGAGCUCGGCCUGACGAGGCAGUGUCCUGGGGAAAGAUCCGUAUGGAUGCCAAGCCUGUCAAGGUCUACGCUGAUGCUUCUCUGGUUUUCCCAUUGCUGGUUGCAGAGACUUUUGCUCAGAAACCCAAUGCUUUUGUUCAAGAAAAGAAAAAUGACUAAACUGGGAACUGCUGCAUGAGGCAUUUUAUCUGUUCAGAACUGCCUGCUUCCAUCCUGCAUAACAUCAGUCAGCACUUAUGUUGAAAUUGCCACGAAGAUCUCCCUGGAUGAAUGGAGAGUGCAGCAUAUUGACCAUUCAGAUAGCUACUUCUACAAUCCCCACACUGGACAGAAGUUGUAUUCCAAUUGUCUGCAUAUGAUAUUUAAACUGGGAAGUAAUAAUUCUACUAACCAUUACUACUUG